AGUGAUUCUCCGGUGCAGCCAACAUGACAAUGUGGCUGCUUAACUCCUGUCUGCUGCUGCUGUUGGCAGCAGUUAGCCUGCAGGCGAGACUGAUCCUUCCCCAGGACGACUUACUACUAAACGGACAAUUGGAGACUAAGAGUCAAUUCUUUGCCACUCCUCGCGACGACAACGAUGUGAGCAACUAUCGGCUGCCCAACAACACCGCCCCAGAGUCGUACAAGGUGGAGCUGUGGACCAAUGUGCACAACGGCACGAGAGCCUUCAAUGGCAGCGUGCAGAUCGAUCUGCAGGUCCUUGAGCUGUCCAGUUCCAUCACACUGCACUACCGCCAGACAUCGAACUUUACUGCAACGAUUGUGAGCAGAGAUCAGGCCAAUGCCCAGCCCAUUGAACUCGAUGUGACCACCGACACAGUUCGCGAAUUUCUGACCAUCACACCGAAGUUGGCCACUCUCACCUUUGCCGCGAACACCAAUUGGACCCUCAGCAUCGUCUACAAUGGUACUUUGCGCAGCGAUAUGGGCGGUUUCUACAUUUCCAGCUACACGGACGAUGACAAUACUGUGCACUACCUUGCCACUACGCAGUUCGAGAGUACCAAUGCCCGACACGCCUUCCCCUGCUACGAUGAGCCCAACAGGAGAGCCAACUUCACAAUCACCAUCCACCACGAUCCCUCCUACACGGCCAUUAGCAAUAUGCCCGAGGAUGCGGCAGGCACCCGCACGGGCGUCACCGCCUUCCAGACCACCCCCAAGAUGUCCACCUAUCUGAUAGCCUUCAUCGUGUCCGACUUUGAGUCGACGGGCGGCGAGCUGAACGGCCUGCCCCAGAGGGUAUUUUCGCGCAAGGGAAAGCAGGAUCAGCAGGAGUGGGCCCUUUGGUCCGGCCUGGUGGUGGAGUCCAGCCUGGCUGGCUACUUCGGUGUGCCGUUUGCCCUGCCCAAGCUGGAUCAGGCCGGCAUACCGGACUUUUCUGCGGGAGCAAUGGAGAACUGGGGCCUGGCCACGUACCGCGAACAGUACAUGUGGUGGACCAAAGAGAACUCCACCAUCAACCUCAAGACGAACAUUGCCAACAUCAUAGGCCAUGAGUAUGCGCACAUGUGGUUCGGCGAUCUGGUCUCCGUCAAAUGGUGGACCUAUCUGUGGCUGAAGGAGGGCUUUGCCACACUCUUCUCCUACGAAUCGAACGACAUUGCCUUCCCCGAGUGGAACACCUAUCAGAUCUACCAUGUGAGCGACUACAACAGUGCCCUGCUGAACGACGCCCUUGCCUCAGCCACGCCCAUGACCCACUAUGUACAGACGCCAUCAGAGAUUUCAGGACGCUACAACACCUUCUCGUACGCCAAGCCUGCCAGUGUGCUCUUCAUGUUCAAGAACGCCUGGACAGACCGCGUCUUCCGACAGGGUCUGAACAAGUAUCUGACCAAGAACCAAUACACAUCCUGCGACGAGUGGGACCUGUUUGAAUCCUUCCAGGAAGCUGCCAACGAGCAGGGUCUCACGCUGCCCACGACUGUGGCCAAUAUCUUCUCCAGCUGGUCGCACCAGGCUGGCUAUCCCCUGUUGACCGUCGAACGAAACUAUGGCGCUGGCACCUUCACCGUCAAGCAGCAGCGCUACGUCGCUGACAAGGAUGCAAGCAACCAGAACACCUGGUAUGUGCCAAUCAACUUCGCCACAGCCUCCAGUCCGGACUAUCGCAAUACGAGUGCCUCGCACUACCUCCUGAAUGUCCCCGAACUGGCCGUCACAGAUGCCCAGAUCGGCAGCGACGAUUGGCUGCUGCUCAACAAGCAGAGCUCGGGCUACUACCGCAUCCUCUACGACAACCAGAACUACCAGCUCCUGGCAAAGGUACUGGCCGACCAGCCAUACAAGAUCCAUGCCCGCAAUCGCGCCCAGCUGCUGUACGACACCUACAUCUUCCUGAACACCGGACGCCUCACUCACAGCACGCUGUUCAAUUUGCUGUCCUACCUUAAGAACGAGAACGAGUACGCGCCCUGGUCCACGGCCAACACCAUUCUGACCGUCUUCGAUCGGUACCUGCGAGGCGAUGAGCAGUACUCCCACUUUAGCCACUUCGUGGUCGAGCAGAUCGACGGCAUCUUCGAUAAGUUGGGUGUCAACGAGAUUCCCGGGGAGCACUAUCUGAACAACUAUCUGCGCGUGGUGCUGAUCAGUCUGGCCUGCCAAGUGGGCAGUCAGUCGUGCUACGAGCAGUCGGCCCACAAGCUGGAGCAGUUCCUUCUGCAGGGAAUUCCAAUCGAGCCAACUGUGCGCACACAGGCCUUCUGCGGUGGCCUGCGCAAGGCGGAGGAUGACAUCUACAAUCGCGUAAUACAGAAUCUGGGUUCCUCUUCGGACGCCACCGAUCGCAGCCUGUUCCUGUCUUCGCUGGGAUGCUCGCAGGUUCCCUCGCAGCUGGAGACAUUCUUGUCAAGCUCCCUCGAUCAGAGCAAUGGCCUGUAUGACAGCGAGCGGACUUCCCUGUUGAACUCCGCCUACUCCAGGAGCGAGGUUGGUCUCACGGCCAGCUUGGACUUCCUCGAGUCCAAGUGGAGGGACUACGCCCAGCUGAAUGGAUCCACCAAGCCCUUGGACUUGGCUCUGCGUGGCAUUGCCACCUAUGUGGUCAGCGAGAAGCAGCAAACAAGGCUCAACGCCCUGGUCGAAGAAGUUAAGACCAAUGGGCCCGAGUAUGUCAAUGAAGAUCUUAGCACCACGGUUGACACCAGAGUGAAGGCCAAUCUCGAUUGGCUGGCCAUCCACCGUGAUCCCCUGAUCACUUGGCUCUCUGCCUAUCACACUAAGGACAAUGGCAGUGCCGCCCUGACGACGUCCCUGGCCACGAUUCUGGCCACAACGCUGACGCUACUUCUGUGGCAGCUAUUUUAAGUUUAGUCAUGUGCUCAAGCAUAGCCAUAAAUAAAUCUAAUUAAUGAAUCAACA